AUUUCAGAAACAGGAAACAGGUUUGCUGUUUGUCUAUCUGCUCCAUGACUUAGAUCACCAAAAGGUUCUUCCAGACAAUGACUUUCGUAUGUUUGGCUGACUUUCAAGCAUAUGCCAAAGACAAUCUUCCCAAGUCCACUUGGGAGUUCAUCGAAGGAGGAGCUGAUGAAUGUAUCACAAGAGAUGAGAAUAUCUCAGCAUACAAAAAAAUCCAUCUUCGUCCCCGUUACCUGAGAAAUAUGUCUGUGGUAGACACCAGGACCACAAUCCAAGGGUGUGAGAUCAGUUUUCCAGUCUGCAUUGGGCCCACUGGUUUCCACUGUCUUUGUUGGCCUGAAGGAGAAAAGAGUACAGCUAAAGCUGCACAAGCCAUGAAUACCUGCUAUGUCACCAGUAGUUUUUCCACUUGCACUUUUGAGGACAUCGUGGCUGCUGCCCCCAAUGGCCUUCGAUGGUUUCAACUAUAUAUACAAGAUGACCGGCAAAUCACAAAGAAGCUGAUCCAGCAAGUGGAAGCCCUAGGCUACAAAGCUCUAGUCAUCACUGUAGACACUGCUGUUUUGGGUAAUAGAUUGCAAGAUAAUCGCAACAAAUUCUCUUUGGGAAAAUUUAUACAGAUGAAAAACUUCCAUGUGAAUAUUGAGGAAAAUGCAGAGACUCUCCUGCCAGUCUCAGGCAUUGAUUCAUCCAUCUGCUGGAAAGACCUUGCCUGGAUAAGGAACAUAACACAACUACCCAUCAUCCUGAAAGGAAUUUUAACAAGGGAGGAUGCUGAACUGGCCCUAAACCACAAUGUGCAAGGCAUUAUUGUCUCUAACCAUGGUGGAAGGCAGCUGGAUACAGUUCCAGCCACAAUUGAUGCCCUGACAGAAGUUGUGAAUGCUGUGAAAGGAAGAAUAGAAGUCUACUUAGACGGUGGCAUUCGAACUGGAACAGAUGUACUAAAGGCGCUAGCACUUGGUGCAAGAUGUAUUUUCCUUGGAAGGCCAAUCCUGUGGGGUCUCACUUACAAGGGUGAAGAGGGGAUUCAACAACUCUUAAACUUAUUAAAGAAGGAGUUCUAUAGAUCCAUGGCCCUUACAGGCUGCCAUUCAGUUUCAGAGAUCAGCCAAGACUUAGUAAAAUUCUCCAGGCUAUAAGAAGUGACCUUUCCAAUGAUGAUCUGAGGAAUGGCUACAUCAAGUGACCAUAUGGACCCCUCUAUCCUUACACCCAUGUAUGUACAUGCACAUACACAUGCCAAAGCCUGGCUGGGGAAACAUCUCAUCAAGUCAGCUAUGCCAUUGAACUGGAUUUCAGGAGCAAGAGGACCAGGAUCAAUAAGAACUGGGAUAUUGAGAUAGUCUAGUUAUUUACACAACUAAUCGAUUUCCUCCUUUCUUGUCAAGGAAUGACUGAUUUUCUCAUCAAUCUGGUUCUGUUGGUAUAUCUUGUGCCCAGAAACCUGACUGGUCAACUUGGGCUUCCCAACGACAAUUAAAUUAUUUGCAACAUUAACAAUGUAGUGCUCACUUUGGAAGGGGCAGAAAGGAACCAGACAAAAAGCAGUACUCCAUCAUCUCCAUCAUCAGUGAUCAGAGGGUCUCAAAUUCCAAGGAUCUAAUCAUUAAAAGGAAAAUUCUUCUUUCAAUAUUUGAAGACUAUUUCUCUUUCUGACUUCAUAAAAAUGUAAGCAAGCUCCCAAAUGGCUCUCAAGAAGACCUUCACCAACACACAGAUAUCACAGAGUCCUUAUAAGUCUCAAUUCAUUAUCCAGAAAUAAUCCAUGCCCAAGAUUCUGCCUUCUAAUCUAAACAUAAGGAAAACAUUGAGUAACUAUGUAUUGUUUAAUAACGGGUUGGUCCAAAAGUGGCUGUUCUUACUUGGAGCUAUAGAGGAUAGUGUAAUAAUAUAGAUAAGAACACAAAUAUCUUGCUUAUAUUUGUAAAAAUUUUCUCUUUCCCAUUCAA